GGACCGGGCGGGGGGUGGAGGAAGAGGCCUCGCACGGAGGAGGGAGCAAUUGAAUUUCAAACACAAACAACUGCACGAGCGCGCACCCUCCGCGCCGGAGCUUUGCCCGAUCCGCGCCCGCCCCGUCCGUGCGGCGCGCGGGCGGAGACGCAGUGGCCGCGCGGGAGCUCGGGCCCGGGGCCACCAUCGAGGCGGGGGCCGCGCGAGGGCCGGAGCGGAGCGGCGCCGCCACCGCCGCACGCGCAAACUUGGGCUCGCGCUUCCCGGCCCGGCGCGGAGCCCGGGGUGCCCGGAGCCCCGCCAUGUCGCGAUCCAACCGGCAGAAGGAGUACAAAUGCGGGGACCUGGUGUUCGCCAAGAUGAAAGGCUACCCACACUGGCCGGCCCGGAUUGAUGAGAUGCCCGAGGCUGCCGUGAAAUCAACAGCCAACAAAUACCAAGUCUUUUUUUUCGGGACUCACGAGACGGCAUUCCUGGGCCCCAAAGACCUCUUCCCUUACGAGGAGUCCAAGGAGAAGUUUGGCAAGCCCAACAAGAGGAAAGGGUUCAGCGAGGGACUAUGGGAGAUUGAGAACAACCCUACCGUCAAGGCUUCUGGCUAUCAGUCUUCCCAGAAAAAGAGCUGCGUGGAAGAGCCCGAACCUGAGCCUGAAGCCACAGAGGGCGAUGGUGAUAAGAAGGGGAAUGCAGAGGGUAGCAGUGAUGAGGAAGGGAAGCUGGUCAUCGAUGAGCCAGCCAAGGAGAAGAAUGAAAAGGGGGCGCUGAAGAGGAGAGCAGGGGACCUGCUAGAGGACUCCCCUAAACGUCCCAAGGAGGCAGAAGACCCUGAAGGGGAAGAGAAGGAGGCAGCCACCUUGGAGGGUGAAAGGCCCCUCUCUGUGGAGGUGGAGAAGAAUAGCACCCCCUCUGAGCCCGGCUCUGGCCGGGGGCCUCCUCAGGAGGAAGAAGAAGAAGAGGAGGAAGAGGCUGCCAAGGAAGAUGCUGAGGCCCUGGGUGUCAGAGAUCAUGAGAGCCUGUAGCCACCAAUGUUUCAAGAGGAGCCCCCACCCCGUUCCUGCUGCUGUCUGGGUGCUACUGGGGAAACUGGCCAUGGCCUACAAACUGGGAACCCCUUUCCCACCCCAAUCCCCUCUCCUCUUGCAUUCACUUUCCUCACUCCAAGCCCAUCAUCAGGUUCCUACACCUCUGUGAUCUGAGUCAGGCUCCCUGGGAUGAGAUAAAGCCAUUGUUCAUGCUUGGAGCUGUUUUCUAGCUUCUUCUGGGGCCUAGAUCAGUUGUUCCACCUCCCAACACCUUUCUCCCCCUCCCUGGAUUUGGAUCAGAGAUAGGAGUGGAAAGAAUGUAGCAUAAUAGCAGGAUGGGCUUCUGGGUCCUGGGAGAGAAAAUCCUCAAGUGUGGCAGGGGUCUUGUUGGAGCGUGGCAUUGUCUUAAGCUUGUGUCCUCUCUUACACUUACUAUCCAGCUUCAUGGAUUCAUAGAAAGUGGGACAGCGUGGGGGAGGGGCUCCCUUCUAUAAAUUCUCAAUGUUUGACAACACACAUUCUUCCUUUUGCCCACCCCAGGAUUUUUGGGAGUUGCAGUUUAUCAUCAAAAGAUUUUGGGGCUUCCCAGUUGUUUGGUCCAAGGACCUGAGAUCUGAAGGGUUGAUUUUUACCCAUUUGGAUGGGAGUGUUGGGGAGUAUCUGUCCCCUUUUAGAUCACUGGAGCCAGAGAUGAGACACCCUGGAGAGACCCCUAGCUGCCUUUUGCCUUUCCCACAGUGCUCACGGCCAGCUCUCAGUCAUGUAUCACCCAGACAUAAAGGAAAAGACACAUUUUUUAGGAAAUGUUUUUAAUAAAAGAAAAUUACAAAAAAAAUUUUAAAGACCCCUAACCCUUUGUGUGCUCCCCAUUCUCCUCCUUUCUUCCCCACUGUUGCUCCCAUUUCUGAGGUGCACUGGGAGGCUCCCCUUCUAUUUGGGGCUUGAUGACUUUCUUUUUGUAGCUGGGGCUUUGGGUUCCUUCCAGUGUCAUUUCCUACCCACAUAACCUCCUGAUCCCCUCAGUGUUGUCACCAGAUAAGACUUGUAACCUGCUGAGAGGACAGAGGGAAAUAAGUGCCCUCUCCCCACCCCCUUCCCUAUGGUCUCUCCAUGCCUCUCUUCUCUUUUACCUUGGCCCCUCUCCCUUGGGCUCUGAUGAAAAAUUGCUGACUGUAGCUUUGGAAGUUUAGCGCUGAGAACCGUAGAUGAUUUCAGUUCUAGGAAAAUAAAACCCGUUGAUUACUA